ACAGUGCACGCGCUCUGAAAGCUGGACCGUCUCGAGCCGUUUCUUCCCUUCAGACCAACCGUCGCCGGUAAGUUCACCGAUUUUCGCCGUUUUACACGGCGAACCAGAUGAUUUACAGCCGGUAAUAAACCGGAACACAGAAUUAAGCCGUUCCCGUGUUUAAGGUCUAGGUUUGAUCUUUGUUUCCUACGUUUAAAACGUUUUUAAAACGUCUCUCUCUUCCGGCUACUAGCUAGCUGCUAGUUUCUGCUAAAGUAAGCUAACCGUGACUUGGAACUACAAACUUUCAGUCCGUCAGCGUUCAUAUGAGCUGCAGUGAUGAGCAGCAGAUACCGCAGGUCCUGUACGAAGGGCUCCAGCUGUUCGGGACAUAAAGGACGAUAUUCCAGAGUGACUUUUCAGAAGUCUGGAUGGGCAAAAGACGAGGAUGAGAAGCUACACAGACUGGUGAAGGAGUUUGGAUCCAACAGCUGGUCUUCAGUUUCUCUGCACUUUAAAGGUCAGAGGUCAGAUGGAGAGUGCCAGCGGCGGUGGCAGCACAUCAAGAACCCAGAGCUGGUCAAAGGUCCCUGGACUCAGGAUGAGGAUGAAAGGGUCUUGGUGCUGGUUCAGAAGUACGGCGUGAAGCGCUGGUCGCUCAUCGCCAAGCACCUCCACAGCCGCAACGGGAAGCAGUGCCGCGAGCGCUGGCACAACCACCUGAACCCCGCGGUGAAGAAGAGCGGCUGGACCCUGGAGGAGGACGCCAUCAUCUGUCAGGCCCACAGGCUGCUGGGAAACCGCUGGGCCGACAUCUCCAAGCUGAUGCCCGGCAGGACAGACAACUCGAUCAAGAACCACUGGAACUCCACCCUGAAGAGGAAGGUGGAGAAGGAGGGAUACCUGCAGGUCCUACACCACCAAAACUCCUCCUCCAGCUCCUCCUCCAGCUCCUCUUCUUCCAGCAGACCAGCACCCAGGCCCUGCAGCAGCGCCAACAUCCCCACUAAGGCCAACAGUCUGAGCAGUGUGAAGGGCGAGUCCGGCUGCACCUCCUGCGAUCACCUGUGCUCCUGCUGCGUCCCCACCUCCUCCUCAGGCUACGGGUCCUCACUGAGCAUGUGCGAGCUGACCACGCACUCCGCGCUGAUGGAAACGAACGCAGAGACCUGGAGCUGUGGCCCAAAGGAAGUGACCUCAUCGCUCGCCACCUGCCUUUACAGAGAGGACGGUGACCCGUCAGUCAUUGAUCUGAGCAGGAGUUAUGUUGCAGGUAUGAAGGAGCAGCUGGCGAACAGCGAGGACUCCACCUCCUUCAUGGACUCCACCUCCUCCUGGAGCAGAAACAGCACGGUGACCUUCUCCCCCUCCGAGCUCUUCAGCCUGUGUGGCGUGGAGGAUCUGAAGUUACAGCGUCCGGCUCUCACCUCCACCCCCGUCUGUUCCCUCAAACACUCCACCAAAACCAACCAGGACGACGCUUGUCUGCACUGCAGCCACAGCAGCCAGACGCCCUCGGAGACCAGAGAGAGGAUAAAAGCGCUGUGGAUGUCGGCUCCUCAGACUCCAACACCUCUGAAGAUCCACAGCAACAAGAGCCAUAGCGAGGUGUCGGUCUGUUCCAGCUUGAUGAUGAAUCUGACGUGGGAGGAGCGAAGUGGCGAUCCCGACAGCCAACAGUCCAGCAGCUCUGAGAUGAGCGGCGAGCUACAGCUGGUGAUGUUUGGGAAAACGGACGACCAGAUGAGUGUUACGGAGCAGGCGCGCCUCUACGUGGAGCCCUGAUCACCUCCAGCCAUCGGCAUCUCCAGCACCGGCAGCCGGUUCUUCAGUCAGCUGACCGCGAGACGGCGCUGUGACUCCUUAUAUUUAUUAAAUAUUAAACUCUUGUUAGCUGUUCUGCUGAGUCGCCCUGUGAAUCAUGAUUCAGCAUAACUCCUUCACAGAGUCUACAUCGCCUCCAACCGGUCAAUGCUUUAUUGAUUUAUUUAGCAGUUUACAUGUCAAACAUUUGGGUUUUCAUGUGUUUUUACUGAAACUGAAAACAUGAGGACAUAUUUUUAUAAUUUUAAACAAAGUUUUUAACCGUUUUUAGGUAGUUUUACUGAAAAAGAUGUGGAUUUUAAUAUUUUUAAAUGCUCUGUACAUACUAUAGACUAUAUUAACUUAUUUAUUGUAUUCAUGUAUUUAUUUCUUGAAAUCUCAAACACUUAAAAUGCUUCUUAGUUUUUGACACGAAGACACUUUAUAUUUAAAAAUUAAAUGUUUGCACUUUGGAUCAAAACUGAACGUAACGCAAACUCAUUUUAAACCCCUCCCAAAAAAACAACUCACAAAGUUCAUCGAAUGUUGAUUGUAAUUCAGAGUUUUUAAUGUUUGAAUGACAUCUUGUGUACACAGUCGACAUGUUUGUAGUACAUACAACUUUAUUAACAUUGUUCCA